AUGUCCAACUCCUACGUGAAGUCGAUGCCUUCAAACGCCCGGCAGCUCUUCACCGAGUCUAUGAAGUACUUUGACACAAUCUACGACUAUGAGGCGGGCUAUCAGUACGACUGCAGCGCCACGGCAGCCAUGCGCCAUGACACCCGUGGCUCGAUGUGGUAUGCUUUUGGCCUCCUCGCGCGCAAUGAGGGCAGCGACGCCUCCGAGGCAGAGAAGAUCAUCCGCAACAUCAUCGGCGCCCAGUACAAGGUCGAAUCCGAGGAAUGGUACGGAGACUACCAGCAGGAGCCCGAGGAGCCGUACCCUGGAUCCGCGUCGUACCCUCCCAAGAUCUACGGGACUUGGGACCCUAACACGCGCGGCUUUGUCGGCACCACUCUGGUCAUGUGCAUGGAGGAGUUCCCCCAUAUCCUCAGCAAGGAUACGCAGAAGCUCAUCGUCGAGUCCCUGCACAACGCGACCAAGGGCGACGAGUAUCGCUUCGGCCACCUCGACAAGCUCAAGGACAACCUCUACCCCUCGUAUAGCAAUCCCGCCAUCAUGCGCGCGCUCACCUCGGGCUGGACGGGGCGUCGCCUCAACGACAAGAACAUCACCAACAGCGCAGAGAGGGACGCCAAGGACAUUAUCGAUCUUUUCGACCUGCACGGUACCUUGUCCGAGUUUAACUCGGCGACAUACACGGGCGUGUCCCUUUUCGGCCUCGUUCUUUGGAGCAAGUACCUCCCGAAGGACUCGGUAAUGGCCCAGAAUGCCCCUCGUAUGGUCGCAACCACCUGGGACACCGUCUCUCAGAUGUGGCAUCCCGGCAUGAAGAACAUUGCCGGUCCCUGGGACCGCUCCUAUGGGUACGACAUGAAUCGCUAUGUCGCCCUCAUGGGCAUGUGGAUAUGGACCCUCAUCGGCAAAGACAAGUCGUCGUUAGCCGCCAAUCCACAGAUCAUGUCGCACAUGGGCGACUACGGCUGGGCACCGCUCUUCGCCGCGCUUGCCAGUACGCAAGAAAGCCUGAUCUCCAAGGAUGCCGUCUCCAGGCUCUCCAAGUUCAGCGGCGAGCACACUUAUACGACCAGCGCAUACGCCCCGCCCUUUGACAUCACCUCACGCAACAUCACCACCUGGCUGUCCGAAGACCUCACCAUCGGUGCCCAAUCGUUCGACGAGACUGUCGUGGGCGGUCCUAGCAGAGGACCAGAGUCUUUCAAUCCAGCCGUAAUUCAGUGGAACACGGGCCGCGAGGUUUCGUUCAUCUCCAUGUGGCCGACAGAGAUGGCUAUGGACGUCAAGGUCUCCCCCAACAAGCUCAGUCUGUCGUACCCGCACGGCAACGCCAGCUCCAUAUUCACUUUUGUGGUUGGCACCUUUGCAGACAAGCCUACUGUGACAGGCUGGGAGGACAUGCAGGCCUUGAACGUCAGCGUUUCCGGCAACGUUGACCCCAAGUACACCUUGUCCUUUGCCGGCAAGCGCGGAGGAAAAUCGUCGCCCAACCGCGACUUCGAGUAUUGGAACUUUACGUACGCGAUGCCCGAGAAGUUCGAAGGCACCCCGACGAUUGAGCUGGAUCUCAAGGUUGUGGGAGUGAUCUGA